AUGGAAAAAAAGCUAUUACUAUGCUUGUUGUUAGUGUGUCUGUUGUUAUGUGGAUUUAACACGAUAGAUGGAACAGAUCAAGUUGAACACCUCGAAUAUGGACCUAAUAUUGAACCAGCUAUUGUUCCAACUCGUCAAAUGACAACAUCCAAUCCUGUCAUUCAAUUCACUUCUACUGCAGGUCAUCCAAUCGAUGUCAAACCAGUACCAGCUGAAAACAAGCCUAAAGAUGACAAGAAGCAUAAAGACAAAGACAAUAAAGAUAAAAACAAGGACAAUAAAGAUAAAAAAGAUAAUAAGGAUAAAAAAGAGAAAAAACAUAAAAAGCAUAGAGGUGGAAAACGGUCAAUAAAAAUGAUGGCUUCUAAAAACGAUGCCAUCAGUCACUGUGCUAAUGUUCAAUGUCCAAAGAUUGACCCAAAGGAAUGUCAAGCAAAACAUCAGAUGUACAUUCCCCCGUUCCCACCAUUAUUUUGUUGUGCACAAUGCCAAAUUAUCUUCUCUCUUGGUCCAUAA